GAGCCGCUGCCUGCCUCCCUGCGCUCUCUGGUUUUAUUGUUACUGAGUGACAUCACGAUUGUUUGUUACAGUAAAGCGUCUUGCUGGCAAUGUGAAACACAUCAGGAGGGGACUUAUAGAUAAACCUGGAUUUGUUUUGUUUUUUCCUAAAAUACAGAAAGAUCUGCAACACAUUUAAAAAAACAGCAUACUUGUGUGAGGGAUUUGGUGUCUUGAGCUACUUUCAUGCGUCUCCCUGCCUCUGACUCCCAAACCAUAAUGAACUGUGAGCAAGACCUUGUCGAAGGGGGGCUGAACGUCACCCUCACUCUGAGGCUCCUCAUGCAUGGGAAGGAAGUUGGCAGUAUUAUAGGAAAGAAAGGAGAAACGGUGAAAAGAAUUAGAGAAGAGAGCAGCGCACGCGUCAACAUCUCAGAAGGGUCCUGUCCAGAAAGGAUCAUCACAAUGACAGGCUCGAUGGACGCCGUGUUCAGAGCUUUCACCAUGAUCACACUCAAACUGGAGGAGGAUCUCAGCACGUUGGUGUCGAACGGCGCAGUUACCAGUAAACCUCCAGUGACUCUGCGGCUCGUCAUCCCAGCCAGUCAGUGUGGCUCGCUGAUAGGCAAGGGAGGCUCCAAGAUCAAGGAAAUCAGGGAGAGCACAGGUGCACAAGUUCAGGUAGCAGGAGACCUGCUGCCCAACUCCACAGAGCGAGGUGUGACGAUAUCCGGUACGCCAGAUGCCAUCAUACUGUGUGUCAAACAGAUCUGCGCAGUUAUUCUUGAGUCUCCGCCUAAAGGUGCCACCAUUCCAUAUCGCCCCAGUCCCACCCCAGGUUCAGUAAUUCUCUCAGGCAAUCAGGUUCUCAACGAAGCCCAUGAUUUUGGUUAUCACCCAUUCUUUUCCAUCGCUCAAGAAAGUCUGCAGUUGCAACAUCAUGCUUAUUCACUGCAGAACCAAUAUGGCAUUCCACAUUCAGAGUUGGUAAAGCUCCACCAGCUGUCUAUGCAGCAGGGCACCCUUGUUCCCAUGGGCCAGACGACCGCUGCUGUCCUUCCUGGAAUGGAGGCCACUUCUCAGACAACAUCCCAAGAGCUUCUCAUUCCAAAUGAUCUGAUUGGCUCUAUCAUUGGCCGUCAAGGAAGCAAAAUCAACGAGAUCAGGCAGGUGUCUGGAGCACAAAUCAAAAUCGGCAAUCAGCUGGACGGUACGAGCGAUCGUCACGUGACCAUCACCGGCUCUCCAGUCAGCAUCAACCUGGCACAGUACCUCAUCACCUCAUGUUUAGAGACCGCAAAAUCCACCGCCCAGCCCUCCUCCAUCACGACCCCCGUUGACCUCAACAUGACCUUCACCCAGCCUGCCUCCCCCGCCUCCAGCUCGGCUGCAGCGCUAGCGGCAAUGAGCGGCAUGCCCCAUGGGCACAUACUGGGGGCUCCCUAUGCCCUUCCCUUGUCCAGCCUCCUGGGAAUGAAAUCCGUCCCCUUCCUCACUUUGUCUGCACCCUCUGCUGCAUCCCAAGGGACCUUAGCUUCCUAUACAUCCAAAAUCUCUUCCGCCAACAAUGGGAUCAAGAAGCCAGAGAGGCAGAAGUUCGCCCCCUACUGAAAGAUGGAAGGAAGGACACCCUCUUUUUUUUAUUUUUUGCAUUUUAGUAAGGUGGAUGUUAGCUAGAACUGUCUGAGUGACUGUAGCACUUUGUUUGUGCCCAUAUUUAAAGAUGACUUGUAUAGCUUUAAAAGGUGUAACCCGUCAGAAGACACUGGUGGACAUAUCUGCCAACAUUGCGGCUUUGACUAACAGACUGCUCCUCAAAAAUAAAAUCCCUAUUUAUUGAUUUUAAUAUAAAUAUCCCCAUUUACAGUUUGCAAGUUAUACACCGAUAGUCAAAUUUAUGUAUCUAGAUUUGCUUUUAUAAAAUAAUUACGCUUUACAUGCUUGUAAAUGUUUGUUUGCUGUUUUUUCUAUAUACGAACAGUGUAAAUCGGGUCAUUUGAUCAAAAUUAUUAUCUUUUUUUGUUUUGUUUUUGUAAAUUUGCUACAAGUGGUUGGGGGCUUAUUGGUCGAAUGCUUUUCAAUUCCCAAAUGUUGGCAGAUAUGCAUUACAAUGAUUGAUGCUCAUUCUCACUCUCUCUCUCAACACACACACACACAUAUAUAUAUA